UCUCCGCAAAUUGUGGUUGCUGGGGGGCGUUUCUUUCUGAACCACAUCCAAUCGAUCGCUGUUCUGCGUAUGAAGGCGGGAACUGCAGAGGAGAAGUGUCUGUUGAGUCUCACUAGCAGAUAGUGAGACACUCCACAGUUAUUGUUAGUUAUUGGUGCAAGCUAUGUUCACUGAGCAUCUUACUUGUGCUUCGUAAAGUUUGGUGUGGACUGACAAACGGAGCAAUGGCAACAGGUAAGAACAAGAACCAGACCUCACUGGUCCUGCACAAAGUUAUCAUGGUGGGCAGUGGAGGAGUGGGCAAGUCUGCCCUUACCCUGCAGUUCAUGUAUGACGAGUUUGUAGAAGACUACGAGCCUACAAAGGCAGACAGCUACAGGAAGAAGGUCGUCCUUGAUGGUGAGGACGUGCAGAUUGACAUCCUGGACACAGCAGGUCAGGAGGACUACGCUGCCAUCAGGGACAACUACUUCCGCAGUGGAGAAGGCUUCCUCUUGGUCUUCUCCAUCACUGAGCACGAGUCAUUUAGUGCCACUGCCGAGUUCAGGGAACAAAUCCUACGGGUGAAAGAGGAGGACAACAUUCCACUGCUGCUUGUGGGCAACAAGUCAGAUUUGGAAGAGCGACGAAAAGUUUCUGGCGAUGACGCUGCAGCACGGGCUGGAGAGUGGGGCGUUCAGUAUGUGGAGACGUCAGCCAAGACCAGAGCCAAUGUAGACAAGGUUUUCUUUGAUCUCAUGCGUGAGGUCCGAAAGAAGAAAUUGUUGGAGAUUAAAGACAAAAAUGGUCCGAGUGGCAAGAAAAAGAAAAAACACUGCUGCAUUCUGUAACCACCAAAACACUAUUGUUAGCAUUCACUUCACCUCUUCCACCAAAGUAAAAAUAUAAAUGUGUAUAUUUAACUUAUGUUGAAUGUUGUGCCCCACAUGAUCAGUGAAUUUUUCAAUUGACUGCCUUUGUUUGUUCUGACUUUUUUCUCAGAGAAUCACCAAACUAUACAACUGUGUGUGUGAAAAGUGAAAAUAUCAGAGUUUUAGGAGAGCGGGAUUUUUUUUGUUUCUUUUCUCAAUGUUAUUGUGAUUUUUGAUUUCCAUGCCUCACACCGCACAAUAUUUAUCAUCACUCAAAACAAUCCACAUCUUGUUUUGCUGUAUGAGUUGUUUGAUAAUAAAGUUUUUCUGAUGCCUCUUUUUUUGGCACUCA